AUUUUUUUUCUAUGCUAGUGACAAAAAUGCUACUGAAAUACAAGGAGAAAGUGAGUGUUUUGAAAAAAGAACAGACCAGGUGGAAGUUUAAAAAGGACAAUAUCUUUUUUUCCUUACUAUCACCAGAUAAAAUGGAAAAAAAUUCAGGCAACCAGGCAUCAGAAGAAAUUAAGGAAAACCAUAUUGAGGUGUGCUUAGGAUCAUCAAUCCUUCUGGUUGAAAGUGGAGAAGGAGAAGAAAAAGGAGAAGGAGAAGAAAAAGGAGAAGAAAGAGAGAAAUCAUGUGCAGAACAAAAUUCAGCUACUGUAAAGCCAGAAGAGGAAUGUGAAUUUUUGGUAGAGAAAUCUUUUGAUUUAUCUUCUGUGUCUUGGGUUUCAAUUUUUCGAAAGAAGCAAAAACCACAGAAAAAGAGAACAUCUGCUUUAUUUGAAGAAAAUCGGGAAGCUCAGCAGCAUAACAAGAGAAAAAAUAAAAGGAAAUUGGAGAAAACAGUUAUGCCAAUUCCAGUGCAGGAACUAAAUGCAAUAUUAUAUGAUGUUGGUGAAACAAGUUUUGAUGGAUUUCAAAAUGCUUCAAGAAUUAAACAAGUAAUGGCUGUGGAGAAUGAUAAAUCACAAUUGGUUAGGUCUUUUGUUACCUCUCAUGAAACAAGGAAGCAAAUGCAUUAUAAAAAUAAAUAUAAAGCUUUAGCAGAAAUACAUAACAGAACUUACCCAAUAAGUAGAAACCAAGCAAAAGACCACAUACCUUUACUAGAAGCAGAGCAAAACUUAUCACUCCAGAUACAACCUGUAAAAAAAGCAAAACGAAGCUCAACACGGAAUAAGCUGACCACACAGACAAAAGUGCAAGAUGAAAAACAAGAGAGUAGUGUCUUGGCUCUACCAUCAAAGGACUGCACACAAUCUAAGAAUACAGAUAUUUAUUCUGACAAUUCAGUUUCUAUGCCAUGCUUUGUUCAUGUAGCUCAUAAUACACUGGAUAAAAAGUUACAGUUACCAUUCAAAAAACAAUCAGGGACUCAAAAGAAAAAGAAAAGAUCCUCUGUUGGACCUAUGAGGAAGAAGAAUGGGCAAUUAGUUUCAAAGGGGAGCCUUGAAGAUGGUCAUGGAGAGGAACAGUUAGCUAAAAAGAAGAUUCUUCAUCCUUUUAAGCUAAGAGCUGAGUUAAAGAGAGCAAAACCUCAAAAAGUAAAAGAGACUUCUUUGCCAAAGUCUCAGAAUAAUGUAUUAUAUCAAGAAGAUUCUUGUGAGCAGCAUGUGACAAAAAAACAUUUAAAUGUUUCAGUAACACCACAAAACAAUGAAGAAUUUUUAUCACAUGACCAACUACUACCACCACUUUAUAAUAAUGAAAUGUUUAGAAGAAAAUUGAAUCCAUAUAAUGCAGAUGAUUCUAAUUCAGUAUUGCCUGCAAACACACACAAUCUUCGACGGUCCAAAAGAAUACGUAUUAAACCAUUGGAAUAUUGGCGAGGAGAACGUGUUUAUUAUAAGAUGGACACUUCAGGAGACUUUGUAAUUGGUGGAAUAAUAGCACCUGAACAAAGAGAACCUAGGAAACCUAAAGCGAAAAUUGUUAUGAAAUCUGUUCCAGAAAUCGAGAAUUUGCACGUUAACUCAACUUUCAAGGAACAUUUUCCUCAGCCAGCUGUUGUUUUUGAUAAAGCAUCUAAUCAACAAAUUCUUCAAGAAUGCGUGCAUAAUGGUAGAUCACCUGUGUUUUGCAUUAGUAAUGAAAUAUUGUCCAUUUAUAAAUACUUGAAUACACCUUUCUUUGCUUCUGGAAAAAUAAUACUAAAUCCAUUAAAAGAAAAGGGAUAUCAGUAUUCCCACACAGACACAUUGAUCUUUCACGUUGAUUAUGGUAAACUUCUUCUCAUGCUGUAUGAUCAAAGCUAUUAUUUGACUGAUGGAAACUAUUUUUUUAUUCCACCAGGGAAUGUAUACAAUAUACGUAAUCUCUUGAAUAAAGAAUGUGUUCUCCUCUUCACACAGUUGAAAGGAAAAGAACGUCUUGCUUGACAACUAGGAAAUAUGCUUAUGGAGCAAUUAAUUUCCGAAUGCUGGGAUUGGAG